CAGGCUGUGAUCUUUCUCAUUGGCUUUGGAAGAAAGCCGUCGCCAGCUACUCUGCCGAGACCGGAGGAGGGAUAGUCCCGUCAGAUAGUAACCAAAGCCAAACCUGGACACUUUCAGCAUGUGCUUGAACACACGCCGGAGUCUCCGCACUGGAUAUCCGCUCGCGCUCUGCCGCAAAGCCGUUUGGUGAUCGAUCUUCGGUUUGAAGAUGCGUGCCAAUAUUUAGCGAUAUCUUCUUCGAUUUCCUAAUGCAAGACAUUCAUAUGGCGUCUCUACAGCAGUCAAGAAUACAGUCAUACCUGGACAAGAAUCAAAUCGGACCCUUGUUUGAGGAGAUGAUGACCAAGCUAAUAACAGAGACACCAGACCACCCCAUUCCGUUCCUCAUCGGCCAUCUGCAGACCAAGCAGGAGAGUCCAGGAAGGAUUCAAAGAACUCUGUCAGGUUCUGCUGCUCUGUGGGCCGAUAGCUCCUCGGAAUACAAAGGCACACGACGGGACUCCAGGGGCUAUGAGAAACCCUGGCAGAUCCACCCCAAAAAGCCAAAGAAAUCAAAGAGCGACCUGGCCGUAUCCAACAUCUCCCCACCUUCUCCGGAGUCUAAAUCAUUACCUCGUUCAAUACUACGCCCCACCUGGGACUGGAGAACCAAAUCUGAGAGUCGAGACUUUGAUGAGCUCAACCACAUACUUCUGGAGAGUAAGAAACUUGGCAAGGCUUUGGAGAACCUGUCCCGCAGCAUUGCGGUUUCUGAUGACUUUGAUCUGGAUCCCCGGGCGUAUAACUCUGUGUUGAGGCCACGAGUGGUGGGGGAGUGGGUGGGGCGUGAGGAGGACGAUUCUGACCCACUUGCGGCUGAGAUGUUACAGCUCCCCGUCCACAGAGCCAAGACUGAGGGGUGGACAAGCAAAGACAACAGUCCUGUUGGAAGCUUGAAAAUGGAAGCAAAGACUAAAGGCUUAAAACAGCAGCAACAGAACCAUAAGAAACUGUUAGCAGCCAUGUUGUCCCAGGAUUCGUUUGACUCCAUGCCUGACUCCGCCCCUUCAGUCACUGAAGAUGAGAUGGAAGAUGAGGAUGAUGCCAUGGAGCUGCUGGAGGAUCUGGAUGACCUACGCAUGGAGGGGGUCACUGGCCUGGUGCCGUCCGGCAGUAAGUUCAGCCAGGGCCGAAGCUCGUACUCUUCAGAGCCACAGGCCAAAGUCACUCUGAACAUCUGCUCAAGGUGUGCAAGGCUUCAAGGGGAUAGUCUCACUCCUGGAAGACCAGCGGAGGAAUCAGCACCUCAUGUAGCAGAGCAAGCUGUGCCAGAAAUACCAUGUCCAUUACCCGCGGUGACAGAAACACUAACAGCAGUAGAAGAUCUACAGACGGCCUCUCAGGUGACAGGGCAGCGUCACCCAGUCUGGGCAUCGGAUGUGAAGCCGAUCAGAGGCACAAGCCCCCAGGCGGCCAGACGUGCUGUGCAACUCCAGGACUCCCUCUUCUCUAAAGAACUGGAGAACAUGGGCAAACAUCUUGCGGAGGUGGAGAAAGACUUGGCCAAGCUGGCAGAGCAAGGGAAGCUGAACCGAAGUCCAAACAGCCCUCACAGGAGCUUGCUUCUGACCCCCCUCUUCCACACAACCAACACCCUGCCUGUUCUCGGACAGUCGUCCAGACCGCAGUCUCCCAGUAGCCUUUCCACAAAGACCACAGGCCUGCCCCUGCACAACACCCAGCCCACCACACUGGUAAUGGGCCGGACGUCUCCCAGCAACCCCAGCAGUCGUGCGCAGACCCCUAGCGUAGCACGGACUCCGAGCAGACCCAUGACCCCCAAUAGUCUCAUGAUGCGAUCGUUUACUUCUGGGGGCCAUGGAAACACGGAGCGCGUGUAUGGACGUUCAAGAAGCAGACCAGUCACGCCGACGGGACAGAUAACCAGGCCAAUCCUCACACCGCCAGGCCUGAGCACUACAGAUUUAUAUGGAGGUCUGUGGAGCACACUAACCGAGGAUGAGUUUUACCAGCAGUUGCAGGCGGUCAGGAAGCCCUGGCGAAUCCCUAGUGACACGGAUAGUGAUUGUCUAGAACCACCUGAGCAGGACAAAUGUAAUCCAAGCAGAGCGAGGGACAGCAGCAAGAGAUCAGUGUUUUCAGGAUUGUAAUGAUGUGUACUGAAGACACAGAGCCGAUCAAACAUUUAUGCAAUUUAAAUGGGCAUUCAAUAUUGUGAGUCUGCAAAAGACACUUAUUUUUUUAAUUUUGACCAAAAAGAAAGAUUGUGUACUUUUUCCACAAAUACAAAUAUUUCUUAGAACUAAAUGUGUGUUAUACAACUAAACGUGUGUUGUACAGUACAUUACAACCAUUUGAAAUGAUCGAAUGUAGUAUAUGUUUAUCAGCAAAAGAUAAGCCUGCACUUGAAUUUUUGUCUGUUAGCAUGCUUGUUGUUUGUUCAUUCAAAUUAAAGUAUUUAUUGCUGCCUUGCAUAAACACAAUUUAUCACUUUAUGUGCCAAAUUGAUAGUUGAUAAAGGGAUUUUUGAUAAACCUUUUCAAUAAACAACAAAGGGUGUUUGCCAAGGCAUUAUCAGAGAGUAUGAAUGUUACACAUGUUCUUGUAUGUAUAAUGUUGGAUAUGCACAGCACUGCCCCACCUGACCCCAGCAUGACACUUUCUCAUUCCCAAGAGCAAUGUGUGUCUAAAACUGAUAAGGACACAUUUCUAAAAAAUAUACAUUUACUUUGACUUUUAUACCCAUAUAAAAUAUGUAGCCUGUUAUACAGUACAUGUUAAAUCAUUGUAUAAUGCAAAAUAAAAACAUUUGUAUAAAGUUUC